AUGUAUAAGAUUCCAUGCUUGGUUAUAAGUAUUUUAAUUUUGGCAGAUGUGUUACACAUAAACUGUAUAUCACAUAAGCAUAAAUAUAAUUUCUUAUAUUCUGCUUUUAAAAGGUUAAAACCUACAUCUAGGUCCAAGUUUGUGUUAUUCCAGGACCUUCUAAAGAGCCCAUACGUGGAUUCCUUACCUUAUAAGUUCGGAAAGCCAAAAUAUCCACCAUACCCGUAUUAUGACGCACCUCGAAAUUUAUUUUUUGACACAUCAAAGUUAAAGAAUAAUGAAAUAAAAGAAGGAAAUGAUAAAAAUCAGAAUUCGUCAGAAAUUCAAGAGGAAUAUAUGAACAACGCAAAAAUAAGAAGGUUUGAAACAUUAAUAUUUAUAAACAUUUUUAGGAAAAAAAUCAAAGUUAAAUAUCAAGACAAAAAUCCACUUAAUGAGUUAAAUAAAGCGAUUGGAUCGAAUUAUAAUGAGUAUAUAUUAUCGGAAGGCAAGUCGCAUAAAGAAAACGUGAAGACUGAUUUGGCAGAAUAUGAUGCAAUUAACCAGGGAUUAGGACCAUGGCCAUCGUAUGAAGAGCUUGAAUCCAAAAAUAUGAAUGUGAACACAUCGAUGUUUUAUGAACUUAAUCAAAAUGUUGGUCUGCAUAAGGUCCUUCAACCUAAACCUCUAAUUCGAAACGAUAUAAAAACGAUAGCGGAAGCGAGAGAAGAACAAAUGAGGUGGUUAGAUAGAAGUAGGAAUAAAGAAUGGGCAUUGACAUAUAAAGAGUUUGCUGCACUGCCAUUGGAUAUGAGAGAAGCAUAUUACGAAAACAGAUACCCCGUUAGUGACGAUAAUGAAAGGUUUCUAAUGAUAUUAAACUAUCGCAGAGCAUUAGAGAACAAAAAUUAUAAGAAAAAUCCACUGGAAUUUGACUUAAUGGAGUCGGAUUAUACAUACACACCAAAGGAUAGCCCAGUGAAAGAGGAUCUAAAAAAUAUUAGUUGUAUAGAUAUAAGGCUAUAUAUAACUGUGUAUAUAAGGUUUAACACGGGAAUGGGAGUGUACGAUAUUACGUGGCUGCCAGGAUUGGUGAAAGUAAUAGUGGAGAGGACGAGGAACGAGUGCGGACACAUAACAAUGGAGGAGCUGAAGUUGAUGCUGAUGAAACUAGAGAAGAGGCUGGAGGUGUUGGAUAAGGAGGAACACACUAACGUGAUGAAUAACCACCUAAUAGUGCUGUGUACACACCCUGAAGGCAGCAGUGUGCUGCACUCGAGAAGAGAGUGGAACGAAAACAAGGGGAAGAAGGUGACAAUAACGAUGAACAACGAAGAAAGAACUGAGUUUAACGGAGUGUUGAUGGGUUCAGAUAGCACCUUUGGAAUCAAGAUAAGGAUUGAGGAGGAAAAUGUAACCUUGCCACUCCCGUUCGUACACACAGUAUAG